CACUCUGGAGGGCAGUGUUCAUGUCGCUGUAAUGAAUCUACAUAUUUUUAUCGAAAUGCAGCGUAAUGUUAUGGAUAUUUAUGAUUUGUGUCAACACAAUGAGCUCCUCGUACUUGGUGAAUAGAUUCUGAUCCUUUUUCCUGUCCUCGCUUUUAAUUCAUCAGCUCGUCUCCAUGGAAAGAAGAAUCAUAAGAAGGACCGGAGCUCACUCAUACGCUCGUCAUAACUGUAGAGAGACGGUGUACGAGAGAGAGCAAGGAGGUGAUGUGUGGAGUAGAGAUGCUGCCAGUGUUCGCUAAUUAUUAAGGAGAAGGAAGAGAAGAAAUAAAACGGCGGAAAAUAAGACAGCAGAUGGCAAGGAGAGGGAGGAAGUGAGAGAGAGAGAGAGAGAGAGAGAGAGAGGGAAAGAGGGAGUGAACAUUCAGUCGAGAGAGCGGACGUUCUCCGAGCAACAAGCUGGAGAGAGAGAGAGAGAGAGAGAGAGAGCGCGGGAGACGAGGUAACGGGGUGGUGUGUGUAGUGUGUAGUGUGAGUGUGUGUGUGUGUUUAGGGUGGAUAAGACGUGACACACUACCUACACAGAUCACUCCUGUGAACCUGUUGAAUUCUCCGAGUGAGACUGGACCAUGUCUGAGAACGCCGUGAUCAGCGUCGCUCGAUAUCUGAGCUCAGAGUUCAGAGAAUGAGAAAGUUCUGAGUGUGAGACAUGGACUAAUCCCACAAGCUGCUAUCAGCUGAUUCAUAAAUUUCUACAUUAUUGGAACUUUAAAUAAUGUGAAUUAUUCUUUCAACAUUGGAAUUGGGAGGACCUUUUAGGUGCCCCUGCAUCCGUCUAGUUAAAAAAUGUUCUCUCGCAAUCGCUACAAUGGCCAGGACGGGACCGGGGCCCCACAGUACGGCCGACCCAAGAACAAGCCAGUGGUGCACAAGAGGAGGCAGCCGAACCCGAGAGUGGCCAUCAUGCUACGUGGGAAAAUUCACCGUCUCUUACAGGGCUCAGCCGAUCACUCUGUCCCAGCUUCACAACUUUACUACGCAGGAAUUGAAGAGGAAGAUCCAGAAGAGACUGAGGACAUGCGGAAGGUGCAGGGCUGCUACAGGAGGGGAAUGGCUUCUGUCGAAGUCUGCAACCUUCCGCAAGUCCCAAAUGGGAAAGAACUUGAUGGUGUUGCUGGAGCAUACUGUGUAGGAGAGGUCGAGUUGAACCAAGAGGGAGGCAUACGAAUCCCUUGCACCUUGCAACACAUCAAUCCACCAGAGUUACACAGAACUCAAGAUGUCAACGGACCAGGGUUUGCAUUUGGCAGAGGACUUGCUGGUGGGACUUCAGCAUGUCAGAAAGAUCUGCUUUACCGGUUUAACAUGGUGAUGCAAGACAAGAUUGUGGAGGAAGACGAGGAUAUAGAUCAAGAGGAGGAAUCGAGUGCCAUUAUUGAGCAUAUACUGAAGGAACUAAAGGGCAUCAAUAAAAUCCAGGAGGAAAUUUCAGACCUAAGGGAGUAUCUGUCUUCUGUUCGUGGGUCUGUUGAAGAAGUGUCCAGCUGUGUGGAUGCAGUUUUACUGGAGAUUGAAGGCAUUCGCUCAGGUACCAGGUCUGGCGUGGAGACAUGGCCUGGUGCGGGGUCCAAGCAUGAUCAUCAUCAAUCUGACAGUCCUUUCAGCGAGACCUGUGACAAACUCCAUACUGUAGAAUGCAUGAGCUGUGGUACGCAAGCAGGGUAUAAAGUGUUUGAUAAACAACGCAAACAAACGUGUCCCCUGAGCCUUGAAAAAGGCUCCUGUAGAGCUCUAUCUAACUUCACCAGUACUAAUGAUACUGUCCGUGAUCCAUUUGGGCAUGGUAUGCCUGUACAGAGCUCAGAUUUACCCCCAAGCACAGUAAGAAGGAAGCAAAGCCUUGGCUACCUUGAACACCAAGAUGGUCAGGACUGUCUCAGUACUAGCUCUGUUUCCUCAGGUCAGAGUUCCAAGUCCGAAUCUGACCAGGAGAGACCUUCUGGAUGGGUGCGUGCUACAGAUGAAGUGCAGAACUGGGAUCAAACAGGCCUGGAACACAGUGGGAGCGGGGAGACGAGAUGGAGUGAAGAAGAUCCAUACUCCAGACAAGGCAGUUUUGAAGAAGGCACUGGAGAGGUAGAUACCUGGGAUCUUUUAAGAGAUGAAGGUGAUUGUACUGAACUGGAGGAAUCAACUUCAGAGCACAUUUCAAUCUCUUCCAAUCUGCACUACAAUUCUCCUGCUAGCACAUGUAGUAGGGAUGAGUGGCGUGGAAAUAGAAGUAAAUCAAAUCCAUACAAGGUGGAUGGACAUCCUGAGGGCUUAGCUGUGGAGUACAGUGAUUUUAUAGGUGUUUGUGAGUAUUCCAAAACUUCUGGCUAUCAAACAACACAACCUUCAACACCAUGUCAUAACUUCACUGCUGCUGAUUAUAAAGAAUAUAUUACAAGUUCCUCAUCUGAGACCUGCACACACCUUGCUUUGAAUAUGGAGUCUAUAGAGAAUGCCACUGAUCCAGUCACACGGGGAUACGCAACAAGCUCUCAUGAAUACGUUCUUGAACAGGAGCUGGACACCGAUGAAAGCAACAGUGUAGGGUUUAACGUUAAGAAGCUUGGAAGAGCAGUGCUGGAUUUCAGAUCUGCACUGAAGAUGGCCCUAAAGAAGCUAGAGGCAGGUGGUGCAACCUCACCAGUGGAUAAAGCUGAUACGUCAAGUGAGCCUCAAGCAGGGGAAGGCUUGCUGGACAGUGAGUCAACCAGUGAGGAAUCACCUUGUAUUGUGACCCUUCAAGCAGAAAUUUCAAAUGCAAACACUUCAGUGCCAUCUCAAGGCUGCACACCAGAUCCUGACCAUGUGGAGUCAAAUGAGUCUAUCUCGACCCCAUCAAAUCCUUGUGACACCAUACCAGAGUCUGUCGAGACCAGCAUACACACUAUAGAAACUUUGGAUACAGUGCUUUCAUCAGAACCGGUCCUCUCUAGUGAUACAACAUUGCAUGCUACUAUGGUCACCCAUCCUGACUGCCUGACCACCGAAUCGCGCUCUGUCUCUCUGACUGCUGAGGAGGACAAGCAAGAAACCUCAAAGGAACCCACAGGAGAACAAGCAGAGGAUGGAGAACAGGAAGGACACCACCCCAUACAACUGAGCGAGAGAGAUGCCCGUAGGCUGAAAUGCCUCAGAACCUUCCAGCAGAUCCUUAGAGAGAAGAGAGAGAGCAGAAGACGCCUCGGCAUGGUGACCAUGUUCUCAUUCUCCGAAGGUGAUUUCAACCCAGAUGGGAGUCAGGAUGAAGAUCAGACACACAGUAAUGAUAAUGGAGGCUCAAACCAACAGCCAUGGACCAGUACUGGUGGAGGAGGAGGAGGAGGAGCGAUCUUCGGUAUUGACAGCAUGCCUGAUCUGCGCAGGAGGAAGCCGAUCCCAUUGGUUAGCGAAGUGUCCCUGGUGCAGUCCAGAAAAGCCGCCAUCUCAUAUUCACUGGCGUCUCGGCCCUCACUCAAAGACGAGGAGCUGAAGAGUCACGUGUACAAGAAAACUCUCCAGGCUCUGAUCUACCCCAUCUCCUGCACCACGCCGCACAACUUCGAGGUGUGGACGGCCACCACGCCCACCUACUGCUACGAGUGUGAGGGGCUGCUGUGGGGCAUCGCGCGCCAGGGCAUGAGGUGCACCGAGUGUGGGGUCAAGUGCCACGAGAAGUGCCAAGAGCUCCUCAACGCCGACUGCCUACAGAGAGCGGCGGAGAAGAGCAGUAAGACAGGUGCUGAGGACCGAAACCAGCACAUCAUCUCAGCCAUGAAGGACCGCAUGAAGAUCCGCGAGAGGAACAAGCCUGAGAUCUUCGAGGCCAUUCGCACUGUCUUCAACAUCACCAAACUGAACCAUGCCCAGCAGAUGAAGACUGUUAAACAGACUGUCCUGGAUGGAACGUCCAAAUGGUCUGCUAAGAUCUCCAUUACAGUACUGAGCGCUCAGGGUCUGCAGGCUAAAGACCGCACCGGCUCCAGCGACCCCUACGUCACGGUGCAGGUGGGCAAAACCAAGAAGAGAACCAAGACCAUCUACGGAAACCUGAACCCCGUGUGGGAGGAAACGUUCAACUUCGAGUGCCACAACUCAUCGGAUCGUAUAAAAGUCCGCGUGUGGGAUGAAGAUGAUGAUAUAAAGUCUCGGGUGAAGCAGAGGCUGAAGCGUGAGUCGGAUGAUUUUCUGGGUCAGAGCAUCAUCGAGGUCCGGACGCUGAGCGGAGAGAUGGACGUGUGGUACAACCUCGAGAAGCGCACGGAUAAGUCGGCUGUGUCGGGGGCCAUCAGGUUGCAGAUCAGUGUGGAGAUUAAAGGAGAGGAGAAAGUGGCACCGUACCACCUACAGUACACCUGCCUGCAUGAGAAUAUCUUCCACUACCUGACAGACAUUGAGGGACAGGGUGUGGUGAAGCUGCCUGCUGCUCGAGGUGACGAUGCCUGGAAGGUUUAUUUUGACGAGGUGGAGCAGGAGAUCGUGGACGAGUUCGCCAUCCGCUACGGCAUCGAGUCCAUCUACCAGGCCAUGACACAUUUUGCAUGUCUCUCCUCUAAGUACAUGUGUCCCGGUGUUCCCGCUGUGAUGAGCACUCUGCUGGCAAACAUCAACGCUUUCUUCGCUCAUCCCACCUCCAGCACCAGCGUCUCCGCCAGCGACCGCUUCGCCGCCUCCAACUUCGGGAGAGAGCGCUUCAUCAGGCUCCUGGAUCAGUUACACAACUCCCUCCGCAUUGACCUGUCUACCUACCGGAAUAACUUCCCAGCCAGCAGCAAGCCUCGCCUGUCAGAUCUCAAGUCCACUGUAGACCUGCUGACCAGCAUCACCUUCUUCAGAAUGAAGGUGCAGGAGCUGCAGGCCCCCCCGCGGGCCGCUCACGUGGUGAGGGACUGUGUGAAGGCGUGUCUAAACUCCACGUACGAGUACAUCUUCAACAACUGCACUGAGCUCUACAGCACACAGUUCCAGUCACACACACAGCCUCAGAAAAGAAAGAAAGACGGGGAUGAGGAGGAGGAGAAAGGGGAGGAGCUAAAGGAGGAGGAGGCGGGGCCGAGCAUCCUGAACCUGGACUUCUGGCCCAAACUUAUCACACUCAUAGUGUCUAUCAUCGAGGAGGACAGGAACUCAUACACACCGAUUAUAAACCAGUUUCCUCAGGAGCUGAAUGUAGGGAAACUGAGUGCUGAAGUCAUUUGGACACUUUUCGCUCAGGACAUGAAGUACGCACUAGAAGAACACGAGAAACACAGGCUGUGUAAGAGUGCCGACUACAUGAACCUUCAUUUCAAAGUGAAGUGGCUCUACAAUGAGUACGUCAAAGAUCUGCCCUCUGUCUCAAACACAGUGCCCGAGUACCCAGCCUGGUUUGUACAGUUUGUGCUGCAGUGGUUGGGUGAGAAUGAGGACGUGUCCAUGGAGUUCAUGCACGGUGCUCUGGAGAGGGACAAGAGAGAAGGGUUCCAGCCGACGUCUGAGCACGCUCUGUUCUCCUGCUCGGUGGUGGACGUCUUCACACAGCUCAACCAGAGCUUCGAUAUCAUCAAGAAGCUGGACUGUCCCGACCCCGGCAUCGCGGCCCAGUACAACCGCCGCUUCGCCAAGACGAUCAGUAAAGUGCUGCUGCAGUACUGCGCCUCGCUGUCCAACAGCUUCCCGUCCUACUGCGACAAGGAGAAGACGCCCUGUGUGUUGAUGAAUAAUGUGCAGCAGAUGCGGGUGAUGCUGGAGAAGAUGUUUGAGUUUAUGGGAGCCAAACAGUUGGACUCAGAAGCAGCAGAAAUCCUGAAUGAUCUUCAGGUUAAACUCAACACGGUUCUGGACAACCUGAGCGCUGUGUUUGCUAAGAGUUUCCAGGCCCGUAUCAGUGUGUGUAUGCGUCAGGUGGGUGAGAUGGUGUAUCAGGUUAAAGGUCCUCUGAACCAGAACUCCAGGAACAGCGCGGAGUCGGACGCCGUCACAGCGCUCAGGCCGCUCAUGGAGUUCCUCGACUCACAUCUGAGCAUAUUUGCGGACGUGUGUGAGAAGACGGUGCUAAAGCGGGUGCUGAAGGAUCUGUGGAGGAACGUUCUGAUCUGCAUGGAGAGAAGCAUUGUACUGCCCGAGAGCAACGACAGCAUCGGUGCUCAGCUUCUCACUGCAGCCAAGGAGCUCUCCAAACUAAAGGGAGGGGGCGAGGCCAAGUACCUGUCUCCAAGGCAGUGUGUGAUCAUGGAGGCGGCGCUGGACACCAUCAAGCAUUUCUUCCACGCGGGUGGUGAUGGUCUGAAGAAGUCGUAUCUGGAGAAGAGUGAUGAACUCCGCUCUCUGCAUUACGCUCUGUCUCUUUAUGCACAGAGCACCGACGAGCUCAUCCGCACCUUCAUCAACACACAGCACUCACAGGUGCACAACGGCACAAGCAUGAGGAUCACACCUAAAGAGAGCUUACGACCUGAAAGAGCUUCUGGAAUUGAGCAGUUUAUAGGUGAGGCUGUGAUUCAGGUGGACACGACGCCGCCCACUGCCAACACCGAGCAGAAGAUUACUGUCAAAGUGAUCGGGGUGAACGAUAUGAAGUGGCAGACGUCAGGACUGUUCCGUCCGUUUGUGGAAGUCAGCCUGAUCGGCCCGAUGCUCGCAGAUAAGAAGCGAAAAUUCACCACCAAGUCCAAGAACAACUGCUGGACGGCCAAAUACAGCGAGAGCUUCCUGUAUGUUCUGGGUAACGGUGUGAGUGCUGAGUUCUACGAGCUGCAGGUGACGGUGAAGGAUUACUGCUUUGGGCGGGCGGACCAGGUGGUGGGCGUGGCUGUGAUCCCGUUAGCCCUGGCCGUUGGACCCGAGAGGCGGAGCUUCGUGUGUUGGUGCCCGCUGGCCCCGAGCAUCACCACGGAUCAGACGGGCACCACGACCCUGCGCAUCCUCGCCCAGCGCCAUGACGACGAGAUUGCCAAGGAGUUCAUUCGACUGAAGAGCGAGAGACGACCUACAGAGGAGGGAAGGUAGAGAGAGAGAGAGAGAGAGAGAGAGAGAGAGAAUCAGAAAAAGUGCAGGCCAGAAAAUGAGGGAAGUGACACAUACACACACACAAAUACACGCACAAAUACAUGCCCACACACACACACAAACACACACACACAAACACACACAAACACACACACACCUGUAAAACACACCUAGGUGUGACAAGCUGUGUGUGUCUUCAGGCUCAAGCUAAUCACACUUACCCAGAAUCCUUUGCAGAAAACUGAUAUAUUUGAGCAAAUAAAAAGAUGUCAUACAUGUAUAUUGUUUUCUGUGUGUGUGUGUGUGUGUGAGUGUGUGUGUGAGAGAGAGAGAGUGUGUACCCAAAGCCAAUUCCUUUUUGCCAAACUCAGACUUCUUGCCCUUUAUACAUUCUUUGCUAUUGGUGGCCUUAAAAAGGGGCGGAGUCACAGUUCCUGAUUACUGUGGUCUUUUAAUCUUACCUUUUGAUUGACCCCCCCCCCCCAAAAAAAGACAAAAUUCCUCAACAAGUCAUUUGACAGAUAUGAACCAAUCAGCUAGAGAUAUUUAUCAGAGUGGGCGGAGUCUGUAUAUGCUAUAAACACAGUGGUCAUUUAAUGGCCUCUCCUCUUAAAUGGUCUAAACAAGCUCCAUUUUACACACACACACACACACACACACACAUACACACACACACACACACACACUAAUAUUGCUAAUAUUCUGAGCUUUACUGCCCAAAUAUGCUGAUCACUGCCAUUGGUCAGCUUGCUAUGCAGUGAUUGGCUGAGAGACAUGACGUGCCAGCUGAGUCGUGCGUUUUAGCCAAUCACAGGAUUGGUCUCAAAAUGACAUGUAAUAAUAAUAAUAAUAAUAAUAAUAACAAUAAUAAUAAUCAUCUUGUGCCAAACAGAUUAGAUGUUUAGAUUUAACUGCUGAUUUAUAUUUUGUCUCUCCUCAUUAAUGCACAGGAAACAGUGUCUGUGCACUGAGGAACGCGUUUAGCAUGGAGUCACUGUACAUUUUAUUUUCCGUAUUGUCAAAAUGUGGAAGAAGAUAUUUAUUUAGUUAUUAUUAGAUUAUCACGGCUGUUACAUAUUCCUGUAUCAACAUGUGAAUUUUGUAAAUAAAUGAUUUAUGAUGAA